AAUUAUGCAACCUAUAUCCUUGGAACUCUGUUCCGUUUAUAUUAUAACUCCUAAACGCCACCGUUUCCUUUCUCGGUUCAAAGUCUCCCUUUUUUUUCUCCCCCAGUUCCUAUUCUGACCUUUUUUUUUUUUUAAUCUACCCUUGUAUGUCUGAGCUUCUUCUUUUUUCUCUAAAAUAUUGAUGAAAAAUCAAGUAUUUCAAGUUUGGAAGUGGUGAAUGUGGAAGCUGUCCAAAUUAGUGUACAAAAAAAGGUCUCCUUUUUAAGUUGUUGUCGAUUGCUCAAGUUCUGAUCCAAAGACUGGUUUAAAUCAGAAAUUAGAUGGCACAGUGGAACCGGUGAAAGAAAAUGGUUCAAAUGGAGGUGAGAAUUUGGUGAAGGAUGGGAAAGAUUAAAGUAGUGAAGCAGAAGGAAAGUCAGACAAUGAACAAGGAGGUGAUAUUGAGCACAAGGGUCGGGAAGAAUCACAUGUUGAAACCGGAGGAAAGACCAAUGGUGGAGAAGGUGAUAAUGUGCAAAAGGCUAAGCAAGAAUCACAUUUUGAUGCCGGAGGAAAGGCGGAUGGUGGAAAAGGUGAUAAUGAGCACAAGGGUAAGGACGAAUUGCGGUUUGAAGCCGCUGGAAAAGUGGACAAUACAAAAGGUGAUAACGAGUAAAAGGGUAAGGAAGAAUCGCAGUUUGAAGCCAGAGGACAGGCAGAUGGUGGAAAAGGCGAUAAGGAGGGUCAGGAAUCCAAAGGAGCAGUGGAUGGUGCGAAAGAAGGUGAUAAUGAGCAAAAAGGUCAGAAAGAAUCAAAUCUUAAAACCAGAGGAGAGACGAAUGGUGCAAAAGAAGGUGAUAACAUGCAAAAGGGUUUGGAAGAAUCAAAACAUGAUAACAAAGGGAAUACAGAUGGUGAGAUAGAAGGUAACAAUGUGCCAAAGGAUCAGGAAAAGUCAAAUAUUGAAGCCAAAGAAAAGAUGGAUGGUGAAGAAAAGGAAAAACCCGAUGAUAGUGAAGAUCAUAAGGAAGUUAAGUCCGAGAAAGACAAGACCCAGAAGUUGGUUAUGCCACCACCACCACCAACAUGGAAAGAUGGUUUUCGGGGUGAAGAAUGUGAUCCUUCUAAUAUGUGUAUGGACAAGAAUAAACGGUUUGCUGCGUGUUUGCGAGUCCCAGGAAAUGAAUCUCCAGAUCUAUCACUUCUGAUUCAGAACAAGGGAAAUGGGGCUUUAGCCAUUAAAAUAUCAGCUCCUGCUUUUGUUCGGUUGGAGGAAACAGAUGUUCAAAUCUAAGAGAAACAAGACAGAAAGGUAAAGGUCUCCAUAAAAGGUUCUGGAAUAGGGAACAUGAUAGUCUUGAAGGAUGGUAAAGGAUAAUGCAGUCUCGAUUUCAAGGAGUUGAUCGUUCAUAAUUCCGCAACGUCUUACGUAAACUUCUUGUCACAAACCCCUACAACUGCGUUUAUAUUUCUUGCCGCUAUAAUGAUAUUAGCAUCAGGUUGGAUGUGCAUGAGUUUCCGGCGCAAGAUACUUGCAUCCAAUAGCUUGAAGUACCGAAGGCUCGACAUGGAGCUGCCUGUAUCAGUUGCGGCAAAAGCAGAACCAGAACGAGAUGUUAACGACGGGUGGGAUAAUAGCUGGGGUGAUGAUUGGGAUGACGAGGAAGCACCUAUGACUCCGUCGAAGCCUGUCACACCUGGCCUCUCCUCCAAAGGCCUUGCCUCCCGACGGUUGAGUAAAGAGGGAUGGAAGGACUAAUACCAUUUUUGAUUCAAACAAGCAACCAAAACUUGAUCAAAGAAUACUGUAGUAUGUAAUGUGCUGGUUUAUUUUAGUUGAUCAGUUUUUCCACUUAGAAAGCAGUUUGUUUCUUUUUUGUUUUAUUUAUUUAUUUCUUUAGCUGAGGGGAUGUAGCUGAGUGGGACUGUCACUGUUUUUGUAUUGACCUCUGAAUCCAACCAAAUUUCAUCGGCUCAA